AUGAGGCUUAUAAGUUGGAACUGUCGUGGGCUUGGAAACCCAUGGGCAGUUAGAGCUUUGAAUAAGCUCUUGAAACAACAAGCUCCCAACCUUGUGUUCCUAAUGGAAACAAGGAGAAAAGCAACGGAAAUAGGAAGGAUAAGGAACAAAGGAGGCUUACAAAAUGUGGUGGGUGUGGACUGCGAAGGGGAAGCGAGACAUGGAGCAGGAGGACUAGCAGUUUUAUGGGACGAUAGCAUAGACAUGAGUGUUAACUCUAUGUCCUUAAAUCACAUAGACAUGGUGAUUCAGGCUAAGAUCGGAGGCCAGCCGUGGAGGGUUACUGGUUUUUACGGCUGUCCAGACUCAGCAAACAAGCAAAAAUCCUGGGAGCUACUGAACACCCUAGGCCAAGCACAAAGUAUACCAUGGAUGGUGUUUGGGGACUUUAACCAAGUUCUAGAACAAAAGGAGAAAAAAGGAAGGCUGCCCGUGACUUUCACCCAAACAAGAGGUUUUCAAGAAGCAUUACAACUAAACCAGCUCCUUGAUUUGGGGUUUGUAGGGCAUUCCUUCACCUGGACAAAUAACCAACCAGGUGACUCUAAUGUCCAAGAGAGGCUAGAUCGAGCUGUAGCAACUAUAGAUUGGCAAGAGGCCUUUUCGGAAGCAGUGGUACAACAUCUACAAAGGUAUAGGUCUGAUCAUUGUCCUAUAUUAGUUGAUGUUGCAGGGACAAGGGUAAGAAGAAGGAAGAGGCCACAUCUCUUCAGGUUCAAAGAAAUGUGGUUGGAACGGGCAGAAUGUAAAGAGAUAGUGAACAGGGCAUGGACAAAUAGACAGAACAAGAUCUGGGGAAAGCUAAAAAACUGCGGCAAGGUAUUAGAUGAAUGA